GAGAGCAAUUGCAUUCGAGUUCGGCAUUGAGAAGCAUUGGGGAUUUCCAAAAUGGAAUUCGAGACAAAGACACCACAAUAUAAAACCAGCGAUCCGACAUCGUUCGCCUACAUCUCUGCACGCGAAAGAUGGCCGAUCAUCAUCACUCAAGGCAUUGACGAUGUCCAUCGAUCAGUCCACGCCUCGAAAGAUGAGGAACAAAUCAAAGAAGGAAAAUGGAUCGUAUCAGAGCUUGCGAAGCUUAAGUAUGAACUACAACAUAACCGGGAGAUCACUCCUAUCCCCGAUGAUGGAGAGUCUGAUGUCGAAGCCUAUAACACGGAGCUCCAGGCUCUAGGAAAACCGACCUGGCACUCUGUAGCAUGGCUUUACUCCGAAUGCUACUUGUACAGGCGCAUCGCGAGCAUUUUCAAACAAACCCAACACUGGAAGUCUUACGAUAUUUUCGCUCGCCAGAAAAUCUCAACCUUCAAAUCAUCUCGUCCUGCCGUCCUCGAGCUCGCCAGCCGUUAUAGAGAAAUCGUCACCGAGCUCGAAUCGAAGCAUACCAUCAAGGGGGCUAAGAGCCAGGAGGAGCUCGAAGAGGCGGAAAAGAUCUUGUUCGUUGAGAUGAGCGAGAUCUGCCUCUGGGGAAACGCUACAGAUCUGUCGCUGUUGACAAAUCUAUCAUACGAAGAUAUCCAGAAAUUGCAAGGUUCCGAGGCACGCAAGGCUUCAGAGAAGAACAUUUUGGUCAAUGACCUGGACAAGGCUUUCGGUGUCUUGACCGCAGCUGCGAAGGCUGGAAAGAAGGACAGGCGUGUAGACAUUGUUCUGGACAACGCUGGAUUUGAGCUUUUUGUUGAUUUGAUCCUGGCUGGAUAUUUGGUUGCUGCUGGACUCGCCACUACAGUUGUCUUCCAUCCAAAGUCGAUACCGUGGUUCGUGUCCGACGUUCUUCCCCAGGACUUCGCAGCUCUUUUAUCAGCACUCGCAAACCCCCAGGCUCUCUACUCCGAGCUCACCGAUGACGAGGCACAAGCUGGAAAGACCGCCACUCCCCUAUCUGAGACCGAAGCAGAGAACUUGAAGUUCUUAUUUGAUCACUGGAGCCGCGUCUAUGCGGAGGGUCAAUUUGUGCUUCGCCCUAACGACUUUUGGACUGCUGGAGGCAGCUUCUGGAGGCUCCCUGGUACCGCCCCCAGCCUACAUGAAGAUCUGAAGGAGAGCGAACUGGUGAUCUUCAAGGGAGACUUGAACUACCGAAAGCUCACUGGUGAUGCUGCAUGGCCAGCAACCACACCGUUCACUGAGGCCAUCGGACCCCUUGGACCGGGCUCAGGUGUCCGCGUCCUUGCUCUCCGCACCUGCAAAGCCGACGUCGUUGUCGGCCUCAAGGAAGGAGAGGAUGAAAGGAUCAGAGCCAUGGAAGGCGGCGGUGGAGAUAGUGGAGCCCGCAAAUGGGCCUGGAGCGGGAAAUGGGCCGUCGUUGAGUUCAGUGAUGGCAAGGCGUCCUAACUGCGCAACACUACCAUUGUUUUAAUCAUACCAUCUGGAUAUUUAAGAAUCGCAUAUAGAUUAGAAUGCAUCGUAUCAAGAC